GAUAACAGCGUUAUGAUACAUAAUGCCAUUAUGCAAUUUUUUAUUACACAAAAAUAAUAAACGAAUUAUAUUAUUCUGAUUUCUGACCAUUUAUUACGACAGAGUUCGAUGGGAAUACAUUUUUAUGCAGUCAUUCUUCGUUUUUCGUUAAGACUUGGAUAGAUUUUUAAUAUAUACCUACUUAUAAAUAAUAAUAUCAAUACUUAAAAACACCGAUUGUACCAUCAAUAUUGACCAUGUGAGACGAUAACAUUUUAACAUUACGUUUUUCACUGUUAUUAAGUAUGAUUAGACUUUAAACCGAAAGCGCAAUUAUAGUCGCCAGUGUUGUAAUACGAGUUCGUCUUUGUCGUCGUUCUUAUUCUCUAAUUCUUAUAAGAUGGUUGUUUGAGUUUUGUACAAUUUAUACUGUUUACGAUGUGAUUAAGUGAAAAUACAUAAAUAUAAAUCAUAAAUUGCAAUUACCAAUUACCGUUCGUCAUUUAAUGGUGAAACUCUACCAUCUAACAAUGAGUCAUGACAUAGAAGAAACGGAACGGUUGAUUACAGCUAAAGAUGAGCACAAUGAUUCAAAAUGCCGUGGUUUCUGGUGUCAACUUUUACUAUCAUUGUUUGGCAUUCUGUUUCUAUUCACAGGAAUUAUCAUGGCCGAUUUGUGGCCACAGAUAUUUAACAACAUAAUGAUAAAUAAACUCGAAUUAGAAAACAAUACUCAAACUUAUCAGUAUUGGAAACAAAUUCCAGUACCAUUGCACAUGAGUGUAUAUUUGUUCAACUGGACAAAUCCAGAAGCUACGCUACAGACAGGAGACUUACCAAUAUUGCAACAGUUAGGACCAUAUGUUUUCAAAGAAAAUCGUACUAAAGUCAAUAUUACAUUCAACAAUAAUGAAACAAUAACAUACAUGCAGUUGAAAAGUUGGGAGUUUGAACAAUCUCUUUCAAAUGGUUCAUUGUCCGAUAAUGUUACCACAAUUAAUAUUGUGAUUAAUAUUUUGGGUGAAAAAUUACAAGCCAUUAAUAAACACUGGAUAUUCGUUCUUACAAACUACUAUUUGAAACUAUCUAACAUCAACAAGCCAUAUGUAACAAGGACAGCUGGUGAAUUAAUAUUUGAUGGUUACGACGAUGCUCUUUUGGACGUUGUAAUCAAACUGAAAUCUUUUUUUCCCAUUGAUUUGCCAUUCAAAAAAGUGGGAUGGCUGUAUGGUAUGAAUAUGUCUACUUCUUCAGAUGGCUUAAUCAAUAUGUUUACUGGAAAAAAUAAUAUUGAAAAUGUUGGACUAGUGCAUUCGGUCAAUUAUAACACAAAGUUGAAUGUGUUCAAGAAAGACUGUAGUUAUUCAAAUGCUUCUGCGGGCGAUCUAUGGCCAGAACACACCGCUAUGCAAUCUAACAUGUCAAUUUAUAUACCUGGUAUUUGCAGUGCAAUUACUAUGCAAAACAACAACUAUACAUUUAUUAAUGGUUUGAAAGGAGUCGAAUUUGUUGCGGGAUCUGAUGUUUUUAACAAUACUUGUUAUUGUCCAUCAUCUGGAUGCCCGUUACCUGGUGUACGGCCGUUAAGUUUAUGUGGAGACAACUCACUUCCUAUAUUUAUAUCAUUUCCACAUUUUUAUUUAGCUGAUAAAUCAUACAGACAAUCAGUAGUUGGUAUGAAUCCCAAUCGCACUUUGCACGAAUUCAAAAUGAUUUUGGAGAACGAUUAUUCAAUACCUCUUAAAGUAGAUGCUAGACUUCAAUUUAAUGUCAAAGUGAAACCAAUUAAGGACUUAAAAAUUUUGAAAAAUAUGCCAGAAAUCUAUUUACCUGUGUUUUGGUUUUCUGAAAGUUUUAAAAUUCCACAAAACAUGUCAGACCAAUUGUUGAUAGUUACAAACGUAUUACCAAUUUUUAUUCCUUAUGUCUGGCUUAUAUUGGCAUUAGCUGGAUGUGUGAUGCUAAUCUUUAGCACUUACCUGUGGGUAAGCAGAAAAAAUGAAUCAUUUACCAUCUUGGAUCCUUUGUAAUAAGAACAUAAACAUUUUGUUUUGUGAUGAUCUCAAAUUCCUAAAAGAAAUAUAUUAAAAUGGAAACAUCACUUUGCAGAGAUAUUACCAUUUUUAGCAUGGCCAUAUUAAAUAAUUUUAAAUUUUAUUAUAUCCUUAAUUAUUGAUAAAUUAAUAAUAUGACAUAAUCUAAAUGACUACAUUGUUUUUUACGCUUAACUUAAUCACAUUUUUAAAUUACAUAAAUUGCCUAUUAUAUUUUACAUUAUUCUUAAGAAUAGCGUGUACUUUUUCUUUAUAUUAUAAUAUUAUUUUUUAUUACUUAACUAUUGUAAACAUUCUUUAAAAUUUCUGUUUAAUGAGAACUGUUUUGCAUAUUACAAUAUGUAAAAUAUGCAAAUACUAUAUCAGACUGAAAAUUAAUAAUUACAAUAAAUAAAAUAGCCAAUCUAUACAAAUAAGGUCAUGGCAGAAAAAUUUAACUUUAAGCCAUUAAAUGGUAAGUAUAAAAAAAUAAAUAUUUUUAGUUUUAACAAUGUGUAUAUUAAAGUCACAUUUUUAAAUUUUAUAUGUAAAAUUUCUGCCAAUUCUUAGAAUUAAUGUACAAUUAUUAUUUGUUAUGCAAUAUUAAAUUUAUUUUUGAUUAAAUGUGUUAUUUGUUUUGAUUUUGGUUUUUGUCAUAGGUAAACCAAAUAAAAUAAAUAUUCUAUGUUGUAAAUGGUAAAUAAUAAUGAAUAAAGUACCCAGAGCUUUACCGUUAAGAUUUAGCACCCAGGGCAAAAUUAAAAAUAUUCGCUCCUUAAUGUUCUAAAAAUAAUUGUUUGGCCUCCCUUUAAACAGUUUAAACCAUGUGCCCAGGGC